CAUUUUAAUUUUCUGUAUUAUCUUCUUUUUCAGCUUUUAGAUGAACUUCCAAUGAUAUGGGGAUCUGCCUUUUUAGUUUAUAACGUAUUAAUGGUGGAACAACCUCCAAAUAAGUCUAAUGUACCACUUCAGAUUGUCCUGUUCCUCUACUGUGGUGUUGUUACAGUUGUUUACAUGUUGUGUAACUAUCCUGUGUUUUUUCAAACUGCCUAUGCCAUAAUGGUUUUAAGCCUGGUUGUGUCUUGUGUAAGACUUAUCAGGAAUUUAAAAAAGUGCAAUAAGAAAUUGUUUUUAACAGGAGUAGCAUCAUAUGCCUUUGGAUUUUUCUUGUGGAAUGUAGAUAAUGGAUUCUGUGGAUCAUUACAAUCAUUACGAAAUGUACUAGGUCCCUUAUCACCAUUCCUGGAACUUCAUGCCUGGUGGCAUUUACUGGCAGGGCUGGGAACAUACCUUGGUUUAGUGUUCAUUGCUGACUUAAGAUGUUCUGUUUUGGGACAAAAGGCUAGAGUCAAGGUAAGUGAAAAAAUUGUGAAGCCAAUAAAAAUGUCACAUAACAUAUGUGAGGCCGAGUGA